UGUCGUACGACGCAUCGUCUUCGCCCCGGACGAGUUUAGUCUGGGUCGCCAGGAAAAACGUAUGUCAAAAUUUACCGAAAGUAUGUCGCGUGUCGUUGUUCCGAGGAGCUUUCUCUGCGGAUUGUUCGUGAAAUCAUGUUGGUGCCGCGCGCGAACCUCUAUCACGCGUUCAACAAAACGCCCGUUUACGUAAAAGGCAGACGUCGAGAGAAUGCAUCUGUUACUAUGACGGUGAAUCGCGUCGUCGUGUUUCUAAUCUUCGCGUCGGGGGUUGCGGUUGCAGUGAUCGGCACAUUUCUGUCUCGAUACAUCCGCGAUUCGUCGACGAAUCUGCCUGAAAAUCAGGAUUAUCGUCAUGUAUUUAUCCCGCUUCCUUCGGAGGGCAUGUUGAACGUCUACGACGAGGGGUCUCUGGACGUGGCUUUGCCGAAUUUCCAGUCGGACGAUCGACUCGAAGUCCAAACCAGAGCGACGACCACCGCGGAAGCUCUAACGUCGCUCUACCUGGCGUUGGAAAUGAAACUGUCUGGAAAGCAAAAGAAGGCGGUUAAACUGUUUCAGCAUGCCGUGGCGUUGGCACCUCGUCACCCGGAUAUUUUGAAUCAUUACGGAGAGUUUCUGGAGUACACUCAGAAUGACAUCAUUAAGGCGAACGAGUAUUACGUACGCGCGUUAAAUUACCAACCUAAUCACGAGGGGGCGUUGAUUAAUAGCCAAAGAACGGCACGGGUCGUCGAGGAACUAGAUCGUAGAAUGCUCAGACGCAUCGACGAGAAACGAAACGCGCUCUCCGCGAUACCUGAUAACAACGUGGCGUUGAUACGCGCGAAAAAGGAGGCGUAUUUCCAACAUAUUUAUCACACGGUUGGUAUUGAGGGAAACACGAUGAAUUUAGCCCAGACCCGAGCCAUAGUCGAAACACGCACCGCGGUCGGUGGCAAGAGCAUCGACGAGCACAACGAGAUCCUAGGGUUGGACGCUGCCAUGAAGUACAUCAACGCCACGUUGGUGAACAGGGUCGGUUCUAUUUCUAUAAAAGAUAUAUUGGAGAUACACAAACGCGUGUUGGGUCACGUAGAUCCCGUCCAAGGCGGUCAGUUUCGACGGACCCAAGUUUACGUCGGCGGACACGUGCCACCUGGCCCCGGAGACAUACACUAUCUGAUGGAGGAGUUCGCGAUGUGGUUGAACAGCGAAAGUGCCAUUCGAAUGCAUCCUGUUAGGUAUGCAGCUCUGGCGCAUUACAAGUUGGUACACAUACAUCCGUUCUCCGAUGGAAACGGCAGGACGUCUCGUUUGCUCAUGAACAUGAUCCUAAUGCAGGCUGGCUAUCCACCCGUUAUCGUUCAUAAACAGCACCGACACACUUAUUACGAGAAUUUACAAAUAGCAAACACGAGGGAUAUCCGACCGUUCGUUAGAUUCAUAGCCGAGUGCACGGAACAAACGCUGGACCUGUUCUUGUGGGCGACCAGCGAGUAUUCCAGACAAGUUCCAGCACUUAGUCAAGAUACGUUGUUUACCGAUAAGGAUAAGACGAUCGCUUUGGAAGAAACCGGUGACAUCAUCGAUACGUUCGACGAUGACUGAGAAUCGAUGAAACCAACGCGAUAUUCAAAAGUAUUUUAUAGACCAAAGAAUAGUAGCAUAAGUCGUAUAUCCAAUCCAUCCAUUUAGCCAUCGAUCGAGCACGCGUCGAGCGAUUCGUUUCAAAGAUCGCGUAAUGGUUGCGUUGGAAUGGAGAAACGGAACGGGUUGGGGGGUCGGUAACGAAUUCGCAUCAUUUACACCGUCGUAUUUAUUAUCUCUGCCAGCCGGGGUCGAUCUAAGGAAACCGCUCUCACGAAAAGCGCAAUCUCGGAUAUGGACGAUUUUGAUUUUUUUUUCUUUGUUCAAGAGUACCUUAGCGACAGAUUAGCCGGUACAAAAAUGCUUCCACUACUUUUCCGUUUGCGUUCUAUCGUAUACAUUAGAGACACUACGAAGUACAGUGUGAAAAAAACUCAAUCGAGAAGACUGUGAUGUAACAUAAGAAUAUAUACGACGUAUAUGGGUAACGAAACAUAUUUGACGACAAACGAAAUGUUGAACGCGAGUAUAUAGUGUUGUAAAUUUACGGAGCAACGCGCAAUCGUCACUUGCUGGUCAAGUUAUUUGCAAUGUACAGAAUGUAAAUACAUACGCGGCUUUUAAUAAAUUUAGUAUUUUGGAAAUUAUUGUUCGUGUAUUUUCUCACGGUCUUCCUCCAUACAAAUCUCCAGAAUACACCACCUAUCGGGCACGUUAAACGGACCUGCCAUUUCUUAUCCAUUUAAAACGAUCGUCGUUUAUUCGUUUAUUUUGUUAAGCGACAAAGUAAAACCUGCGUUACGCGAGAGAGA